AUGUGCCAAAGAGGCCAUCCUGCAUCCCAAGCAGUCUACAGGGAAGAUUGCACCCAGUGCUUCGAUUCUAUUGACGAUGAUUCCGGGCUCAACGUUUGUUUAACUUGCUUCAAUGGUGGCUGUACGGGAGACAGGGACCAUGCCCUUCUUCAUUUUCAACGCUUUGGCCAUCCUUUGGCUCUCAACAUCAAGAGGUCUCGGAAACCAAGUCCGAUUGCAGAAACAGAAGAUGAUCACUAUGACACAAACACGCGCGUUGUGUGUUACAAAUGUUGUCAGGAUAAUGUUGAUGUUUCUAGUGCAAACUUCCGGCUGUGGUUGACGGAGGUCAAGGCUUGGGAGCAAGAAUUUGUCCCGUGUGAGCACACACUGUGCUUAGACCUCAAUGGUUGCUCGUUAUGUGAUCUCAAGGAGAACCUGUGCUUUAUGGCACCGCUGAUGUCUUCUGCUAUAAAAUGCAAUGAAGAGAGAGUCGACCCUAACCUCGCCGACCAUCUUGCUCAUUGGGGCAUAAAUCUGGCAGGCCGCGAGAAAACAGAAAAAAGCCUGACGGAAAUGCAAAUUGAACAAAAUAUGAAAUGGCAGUUUACAAUGACGUCUGAAGAUGGGCAAGAGCUCACCCCGAUUUUUGGCCCUGGUUUGACAGGUCUCAGGAACCUGGGAAACAGCUGUUACCUUUCAAGCGUGAUUCAAUGUCUAUUUGAUCUUCCCCAAUUCCAGAACAGAGUCCAGUUGCGAAAACUCGCAGAUGGCAUCCUUUCCGGUCGUUAUUCCCGACCCGAUCCAGACGCCAUCGUUGCUGCGGACUCUCCAGAGACUCCCAAUCAAAAAGGCUUGGUUCCAUCGAUGUUCAAGCACCUCGUUGGUCGUGGGCAUGAAGAGUUUUCCACAAUGAGGCAGCAAGACGCAUUUGAAUUUCUCCUGCACCUCUUUAAGCUGGUAAACCAUGGCAGUUUCGCCGUCGAACAACGACUCCAGUGCUUGAAUUGCAGCAAAGUUCGAUAUAGAGUUGAUGAACAGGACAACCUUUCCAUCCCUGUUCCUGUGCGCCGCUUCUCUACAGAAAGUGAUCACGAAACAAGCGAUCAGUUCCAGACUGUGACAUUCAAUGAAUGUUUAGAUGCCUCCACUGCCGAUGAAGUGGUUGAACUCAGCUGUCCCUCAUGCUCUAGCAAGUCGGGAUUCUCCAAGCACGAUCCGUUUAGAUCUAGGUGGUUAUCUUUCCUCCGGCAGAAGGAAGACAAGAGUUACCCAGAUGUGGAGAACACUGAAUCGAUUUUUGCUCCUGAUGAGGAAGUCCUAUGUCAGCUUCUCACCAUGGGAUUUCCGCAACCAAGAUGUGUGAAGGCACUUCAAGCAACUGGAAAUUCGGAUGUCGAAGCUGCAAUGAAUUGGAUUUUGCUCAUAUGGACGACGCUGACAUUGAUGAUCCACCUGCGACCCAAGGUGAAAGAGCCGCAGCAAGACUCAGCAAAGGUCUUGCAACUGGGUGAAAUGGGCAUCAAUGAGCAACAUGCUAAGAAAGCGUUAGCUUGCUACAAGCGGCCCCUCAAAGGCUUUUCUACUACUCCGGCAAGAUAUCAACUCCGGUCAAUUAUUUGUCACAAAGGCUCUUCGCAUUACGUUGCUUUUGUGCGCAAAACCCCUCCCAGGGCAGAUCAGCCUACUUGGGUUAUGUUCAAUGACGAGAAAGUCGUGCGGUCGAGGACAUACAGGAGAUGA